UCCGCCCCAAGUCACAUGAUCGUGACAUCACCACAGGUCCUCAAAGAAAUCACUCCCUCCAGCAUUCAAAAGAGAUUUCUAAAACCAUCCAUGGAUCCUGAGAGAAGGCCAAGAGAUGAACCCCCCGAUAACCCUCAUCACCCACACCUAAGACACAGAGGAGGUCAACAUCACCAGAACAGAAAUCAAGGUGGCAGGCAAGAAGCAGGACAACGUAUCCAGAGAGGCGAAGGUGGCAGGCAAGAAGCAGGACAACGUAUCCAGAGAGGCGAAGGUGGCAGGCAAGAAGCAGGACAACGUAUCCAGAGAGGCGGUGCUAGGGGCCAAAAUUUGCCAAGGGGUGGUGGACAGCAUGCCCAUGUAGCUGGCAGGGGAAAUGACAGAAGAGCUGGUGGACAACACGAGCCAAGACAAGGAGCACAAUAUGAACAACGAGCUGGUGGCCCACAGGGUAAUAUGGGGAGAAGAGGAAACAACAACCAGGAAGCCGAUCAAGGUCGUAGACAGCAGAGGCCACCACAAGGUAGAGAAAAUGGAAGAGAUCAGAAAGUUAUACGUUUGGGCUACAAAUCUCUGGAAGGACUACUAGAAAAGGACCCCUCAGAAGUGGUUAUAACCCUGUCUGCACACCCUGGUCUCAAUGAUUUGCUGUCAGCCAUAGAAACAAGGCCAGACUUUGUAGAGUUGGUUUGUAAGGUGCUCUCCCGAGCUUGUACAGCAAGACUAGACCGGCAAAGUGUGCAGAAUCUGCUUGGACAGGUCAAGACAUCUACAUUCCUCCGCACCUGCCUCCCUCACUAUAUAGUUGGAAUGAUGACUGAGAUCGUGCCGGAGAGGAGACACCGAUAUCCAGAUAGUAUAUUUAACAUACUUCGUCUACUCCAGGAAAUGACCAGUGUUUUCCCUGCCAGUAGCAUACAAGAAACCUCAUUGUUGGUCUCGCUCAUACCUGGCGCUAUCAACGCUUUGCGUACGUCUGGAGUAAAUGUUGGAGAGAACAUAGAGCAAAGCCUAGAGAGAAUGUCAAACUUAAUAGAGCACCUUCAGGGUAGGAAGAGAGAUCGGACACUACGAGAGGACACACACAUGGUUCUUGGAGCAGAUGUUCCUGCCGAAGACUUCAGAACCAUGAGCGUGUAUCCCGAUCACGAUGAAAUCCACUUGAAUGAAAAUCCUUUACUAAGGCCAAAUAUUUUAAAAAACAAAUACGAAAGCACGGAGCUUUACCUGGACACUCAUUUCCGGCUUUUAAGGGAAGAUUUUGUGCGACCAUUAAGGAAAGGGAUCCAGGAGAUCUUGAUGUAUCACGACGACAGAGGGUUUCGCAAAAUGAAAUUUGAUGACAUUCGAAUUUACUUCGAUACGCGAGUGGUGUCCCCCAUGUGCACACCUUCAGGUAUCAUCUACAAAGUCCAGUUUGAUAUGAAACCAUUGAAGUAUAUCCGAUGGCAGAACUCCAAGCGCCUGAUAUAUGGGUCUCUGGUCUGUUUAUCUAAGGAUAAUUUUGAAACCUUUCUUUUUGCCACGGUUUCUAACCGAGAUGAAAAAGAGUUGGCGCAAGGUGAAGUCCAACUGCAGUUCAGUGACCAAAGCAGAAGACUUCUCGCAAGAGUGCAACCAAGCGACUCCUUUAUCAUGGUGGAAACAACGGCAUACUUUGAGGCUUAUCGCCAUGUCCUGGAGGGGUUAAAGGAGAUGACCGCCCAGGACGUACCUUUCCAAAAAUAUAUAGUGUCAUGUGAGAAAGACGUUGGAGCACCGCGAUAUCUCCAUGCCGGUGUGAAGUAUGACUUGAACUGUUUGUUAGACGAAGACAUUAUAAACUCAACUAUGGAGAACAAGAUUAACGUUCUGAAUCCCCGGGAGUGGCCAUCUAAGGAAAUUCUUGGCUUUGAUGAGUCACAAAUGGAAGCGGUACGGCUGGCACUCACCAAGGAACUGGCCAUCAUCCAGGGACCACCGGGCACAGGCAAGACCUAUGUGGGACUGAAGAUUGCCAAGGCUCUACUUAAGAAUACUGAUGUAUGGCAAAUAAAUGGAGAGUCUCAUCCCAUCCUCGUGGUGUGCUACACGAAUCAUGCUUUAGAUCAGUUUCUGGAAGGCAUCCACCAGUUCUUGCGGGACGGAAUUGUGCGCGUCGGUGGGCGCAGCAACAGCGAAAUACUAAAAAAAUUUAAUCUCAGGGAACUUAGAGGAGUUCCAGGGGUCCGCAGAAACUAUCCCAUACACAUACGAAGAGCGAUAUUUAAGGUCAUAAACAAGAUGAAGGAUUCCGAAAUAAAGCUUGAAGAGGGGGCAGCGCUCCUGGAGAGCUCGACUACUGGGAUCAUACAUGAAAAGUUUCUUGAGAAGUACAUACAGGACGGUCACAUGGACAGCUUGUCUAGUGUUAUGAGGGAUGAGGAUUUUUUUGUACCAACCGGGAAGAUGUCGCUCAUUGUGGAAUGGCUUGGGUUGGGUGUCCUCCCGUUCACCCAAACAACAGAUCCAAACGCAGCAGAACAACCUGAACCUGAGGAUAUAGAGGAAGAGGAACCAGAGGAGGAACUGAUAGAUAUCCAAGAGGAGGCCGCCAUCCUUGAGGCCGAACGGGUGCUUGAUGACGACCACAUUGAGGAUGGGAGACCUAGAAGAAAGAACAAGAGGACUGUGGAAAACGAAAUGGCAAGACUGGUUCAGGCAAUGUCGUUAGAUAGCAAGGAACCGCAAGACGCGCAGGAGUCUGGUGAGGGCUGGCAAAUGUCAAAGGAGCAGAAGAAGAAAAGAAAGCAAAGGAUAAAGACUGAGUUGCGAAAAUUAGAAGCAAUGACGGCGGCCGAGGCCGACCAGAUUACAGACGUGUGGAGUCUGGACCCAAAGAGAUUUCACUGUAGGAAGCGCUGGAGGCUCCAAAGAUACUGGAUACAACUCUACCAGAUGGAUAUUCGACAGAAGAUUCUGGGUCAUGAGGGAAACUAUCAGGAGUCGGCAGAUCUCUUGUCGGAACUGAGACAAAAACAGGACUUGCAUAUUCUGAAGGAAGCCACAGUGAUCGGGAUGACUACUACAGGUGCCGCAAAGUACAGACGGAUUCUCCAGGAAGUGGAGCCGACCAUCGUGAUAGUGGAAGAAGCUGCGGAGGUCCUGGAAGCUCACACCAUAACCACGCUCAGCUCAGCCUGCCAACAUCUCAUUCUCAUUGGGGAUCAUCAACAGCUUCGGCCAAGCGCCAACGUAUAUGACCUGGCCAAGAACUUCAACCUGGAAGUGUCACUGUUUGAGCGUCUUAUUCAGUCCGAUCAACUAUUUGUUCGCCUCAACUACCAGCAUCGCAUGCGGCCUGAAAUAGCAAGACUACUGACUCCUCACAUCUACUCAGAGCUGGAGAACCACCCAUCUGUCCUAAGCUAUGAGAACAUCAAGGGGGUUUCUACAAACCUUUUCUUUGUACAACAUGGAUUCCUAGAGCAAGAGAUACAAGACGGGAAGAGUCACCAGAACUUGCACGAGGCGAUGUUUAUAGUAGAACUGUGCAAGUACUUUCUACACCAAGAGUAUAAGCCGUCUCAGAUCACCAUCCUCACCACCUACACGGGGCAGCUUUUCUGUCUUAAAAAACUCAUGCCGACCAAGAUGUUUUCUGGGGUCAAAGUGCACGUCGUUGACAAGUACCAGGGCGAGGAAAACGACAUAGUACUUCUCUCGUUGGUCCGGAGCAAUAAGCAACGUAAAGUCGGCUUCCUUCAGAUCUCCAACCGGAUCUGUGUAGCACUGUCGAGAGCCAAGAAGGGGCUAUUCUGUAUCGGGAACAUGAAGAUGAUGGGCACUGUGCCUCUCUGGAGCCUCAUCUGUAAGAGUUUACACGAGAAGGCCCAAAUUGGAGACCAUCUUAUGCUCUGUUGUCAGAAUCACCCAGAAACCCGUACACUUGUGAGUAAAGCUGAUGAUUUUAAGAAUGUACCGGAAGGAGGAUGCAACAAAAACUGUGACUUCAGACUGAACUGUGGUCAUGUGUGUACGCGGGUAUGUCACCCAUAUGAUCCCGAGCACAAAGAGUACGAGUGCUACAAAGACUGCCAGAAGGUGUUGUGUGGGGAUGGGCACAGAUGCAAACGAAAAUGUUCCCAACCCUGUGGACCAUGCAUGGAGGAAGUCGUGAAGCUCAUGCCGCUAUGUGGUCACCAACAAAUUGUGCCAUGUAGCACGUCUGUACAGAAGUUCGUUUGCUCUGUACCGUGUAGCAAGGUCUUGCCGUGUGGUCAUCCAUGUGAACGGCUUUGUGGAGAAGAAUGUGAAGAACGCUGUGGAAAGACUAUUAAUGUACAGCUAAAGUGCGGGCACAGUCAGAAGGUUCCAUGCUGGCAGAAACGGGACAUAGAUUUUGGCAUGCCCAUAAAAUGCAAAAAGCCCUGCCAAGUCCGGCUAAGCUGCAGUCAUAAAUGCCACGGUAACUGCGACACUUGCAUUCAAGGCCGAUUCCACGAAAGCUGCCGACAUCCAUGCAAAGCUAUUUUAAUCUGUUCCCAUGAAUGCGGACAGCCGUGCACAAACGAAUGCCCGCCAUGCAUGAAGCCAUGCCAAAACCGCUGUGUCCAUAGCCAAUGUAAAAAGAAAUGCGGGGAAAACUGUGUCCCCUGUAUGGAGCCCUGUAACUGGAGUUGUGAGCACUAUGCCUGCAGUAAGCUUUGCUCUGAGCCAUGUGAUCGCCCACCGUGCAACGUCCCAUGUCCAAAGGUACUGAAAUGUGGACACCCUUGCAUUGGGCUAUGUGGUGAGCCCUGCCCUAAGAAGUGUCGAGAAUGCCAUAAAGACGAAGUCAAUGAGAUCUUUUUUGGUUUUGAAGAUGAAAAUGAUGCCCGUUUUGUGCAGCUGGAGGACUGUGGCCACAUCUUUGAGACCAGCGGUAUGGAUACGUACAUGAUGGUAGACAAUGAUUCCGACGAGGGAGUUGCGAUCAAGCUGAAAGUGUGUCCGAAAUGUCAGACUACCAUAAGGAAGAACCUAAGAUAUGGCUCGGCCGUCAACAAAACCCUGGAUGAGAUUGAGAAGGUCAAGAGGAAGAUAAAUGGGGACUUGAACCUCCGAAAUGAAACCAGACAACGGCUCUUGGACACCUUACGGCUGAUGGUGGAAAUUAGAAGAAAUUUCCCAGAGGAAUAUUCAGAAUUACGCGAAGAACUGGAGAAUGUAGAAACCCCGCUCAGGACAUUACUCAGCUUAGAAAACAAGAUACGGUUCCUUCAAAGAAUCGCAAAGCUCUUCGCCAAUAUAAGCAAAGUGGACGAGGGGGAAAAGAAGGCAAUGAAAAAUCGCUUGCUGGAAAUAAAGGGCUGGUUGGAAAAACCACGAUCAUUUUUCACCGAACAAGAACUCUCUGAUCUGCAAUGCGAAGUGGCGCGUUUCGGCUUCCUUCUAGAGUUACUCGUGAGAUGUAAAGAGGCCAAGCCUAGAAUCACUCCGGAGAUCCGCAGAGAAAUAGAUGCCCUAAGAGACGUUCUAGAGAGAAGUAAAAAGUUCACGGAGGAGGAUGAAAACUUGGUGAAGGUGCAACUUAAAGAUCUGAGCAAGAAGCUUCCACUCACCGGACUCGGGAUUACAGACCAAGAGCGAGUUAUGAUCGUAGACGCUAUGGGCCUACAGAAGGGCCACUGGUUCAAGUGUUCCAGUGGCCAUGUAUAUUGUAUUACAGAAUGUGGGGGGGCGAUGGAGCGGUCUACAUGUCCUGAAUGCAAUGCGCCCAUUGGUGGAGUCAGUCACACUCUUGAGUCAAGCAACAGAUUGGCACCAGAAAUGGACGGUGCGGCCCACGCCGCUUGGUCUGAAACUGCAAAUAACUUACUAAACUUUGAUGAUCUGAGGGAUCAGCUUAUUUAACCUGCUACCUAUUGGGACUAAACAUAAGGCACAAUGACUUUGUAGACAGCUACAGAUGGAGGUUAAAUGCUGCAGCUGCAUCCCCCUCCUCCCCUCUGACAAUUUUUAUGUAUUUUGAUUAAUGCAAAAGCAUAAUAAUAACGGGUAAAUAUUUUUAGGCAAGGACCAUGGGGGCGGACGAGUGGUGCAGUUGCCCAUAGCAACCAAUCAGAUGGCUUCUUUCAUUUUUAACAAGGCCUCUGCCAAAUGAAAGCAGCAAUCUGAUUGGUUGCUAUGGGCAACUGGGCAAGUUUUGAUAAAUCUCCCCCCCCCCCCCCAUAUACACAGUGUGAUGUUUGGUAGAAUUGUAUGUUCCAUUAAAUCAAUAAAAUUCUUUAUACUGUAAAGUUAUUGCACCACCAUAUAUGCAAAAAAAUAUAUUCACACAAAAUGGAUGCCAUAGUAAGGUAUUGUAGAAGGUAGUAUAGGCACCGGCACAUAUGUGGGUAUAGGUGAGUACCUUGUGCUGCACACAUAGCAUUGUGUAUCUGUAUAAAGUGUGAUUUAGGCUAGGGCUACAUGGUAAAUUGGUCUGUGCCAAAGAAAGUUUGCAUUGCAAGACCAUGAUCCAUCGGGAGCCAGAAAUCCAUCCAGUUUGGACUUCUAAUUUCUGGCUAGUGGCGCCAUAUAACAAUCUGUGGUCGCACCACUCCUGUGAAGCCCAAGUUCGCCAUGCAGCCCUAGACUUAAGCUCUGUUGACCCGGCCUAUUAAAGGGGUACUCCGCUGCUCAGCGUUUGGAACAAACUGUUCCGAACGCUGGAGCCGGCAGCUCGUGACGCCAUAGCGCCGCCC